GGCAACUCACUCGCAGAGUGUGAGCGUUACACAGUACUGCCACAUUUUCUGUUGUGGUUUUGCCCAAAUUUUAAAAUGAACAAACCCAAAAUUGUGAGACCAGAGGAAAGCCAACCGGCACACGCAGUGUGGUUCGACAGGAAAAAAUAUGUCACCGUUAACUUUAAGGUGCAGAAGCCUAAAGAUGUCCAAGUUGACAUCCAGACGGACAAAAUGAUCUUGUGCUGCAAGAAUGACACGGAUGAUGUGAUCUACAAUGAGCUCCACUUCUAUGAAAAAGUCCAAAUCCACGACUCCAGAGAAAGAGUGUAUGACCGCACCAUCAACGUAUUACUGCGGAAAGUAAAGCCCGAUUACGCGUGGCCUCGUCUUCAGAAAGAUCCGGAAAGGCCGAGUUGGAUUUCGGUGGACUUCGAUAACUGGAGGGAUUGGGAGAAUGAAGAAGAAGAUGGACGAGAGGAGUAUGAAAAAUAUGUAGAUAUGAUCCAAGAUAUGGCCACUGGUAAUAAAGGAGCAACGCCAGACAUGGGGGAUCUUAGUGAUUCUGACUGACAUCCAUCCAUAUGCUGGAACGCGCCUCUUGACAUGACUUUCUUCAAGGAAACAGAGAAUAAUGCUGUUUAAUGCUUGUUGUUGUUUUUUUUUUUUAACUACAAUUGUGAUUUUUUUUUUAAAUGUUAUGAUUCAUUGUUUUUUUUUUCAUUGUUCUUUCUACACUCAUGUAUCAUUGUAUAUUUGGUUAUACUGGUCUGUUGAUGGGGAAACCACCUUUUGAGUGUACAGAGGCUUGUUUCGAACGG